ACUUUACGGCAGAGUAUGUCGACAUCGCUGGAGUUAAAGGCGAACUUUAGCCUCGAAGCUGAUCUGGAACAUCUCACACACACUCACACUCACACACUCUGUCUCACACACACCUGCUCUGAUGGCGAACGCGGCUUUAUUCGGAGCUUUCAGGCGCUUUAUGAGCAGAAAUGUGAAGAUCUGGAGAAGCAAUGAGCGCGUCUGGGCGGAGAGAGUCCGAGCUUCAAGCAGGAAGGGUGUAGUGCUGUUGGCUGUAACUCCUCUGUCAUACCUGAUCUACCAGAGAGUGUCUCGUCUCGCUCCGGUGUGUGCGCUGAACUCAGCUGAAGAGAUUCUAGAACAAGCAGAUUACCUGUACAGCUGCGGAGAAACACAGAAGCUGCACCAACUGCUGGACAAACACAGAGACAGUGGUGACGCAGAGUUCCUGUGGCGUCUGGCGCGUGUGUGUCGUGAUCUGGCUCUCCUGUCAUCCGCGGAAGAGAAGCGGCGUCUGACGUACGAAGCGUUUCAGUACGCCACCGCCGCGCUGCAGAGAGACGAGCAGUGCUACGCUGCGCACAAAUGGUUCGCCAUCUGCCUCAGUGAUGUGGGCGAUUAUGAGGGCAUCAAAGUGAAGAUUGGAAACUCCUACAUCAUCAGAGAACACCUGGAGAGGGCCAUCCAGCUGAACCCACGGGAUGCAACGUCUAUACACAUCCUGGGCUUCUGGUGUUUUGCCUUCGCUGAGUUGCCGUGGUAUCAGCGUAAGGUGGCAGCGGUGAUCUUCGGUUCUCCUCCAACAGCCACAUAUGAAGAGGCUCUAGAGUUCUUCCUGAGAGCUGAAGAAGUGGAGCCCAGUUUCUACAGUAAGAACCUGCUGAUGCUGGGGAAGACCUACAUGAUGCUGCGGGACGUCCAGCAGGCGGCGCUGUGGCUCACCAAAGCCAGAGACUAUCCUGCAGUCACAGAGGAAGACCGACAGGUCCACCAGGAGGCGCAGGAGCUGCUGAAGAGGCUCGGUGUGUGACACACACACACACACACACACCAGCAUCCUCCUCCUCCUCCACUCUAGAGAUUUGUUACGCACUGAUGAACUGUUUAAUGUGUGUCUGUGCACACGACUACUGCAGCACUCUGACAUCUGACACACACACUGAGGGUCUCUCAGCAGUAACACACACUCUGAGGGUGUGUGUGUGUGUGAUGUUUAGCAGGGUGUGGGGACCAGAGUCAGCUCUCUCUGUAUUACUGCAAUAAAGACAUCUAGAUUAUAUACA